GAAAAUUUGCUCGAAACUAUUUCAAGUCUUCCAUCUUAUUCUUUCUUCAAGCUUCCAACGUUGAGUGCGCAACAAUGUCUACAACCAUCGGAAAGCUCUACACUCUUCCAAAUUACACCAAGCGCAUCCUCGGUACGGCUGCGGCUGCGGGCGUCAAGAUCGACAUUGUCGAGGACUUUAAAUUCCGCGAGACAAACAGGUCCCCAGAGUUCCUGGCUAAAUUCCCCAGGGGAAAAGUGCCAGCUUUCGAAGGAAAUGAUGGUUUACUCUUGGUGGAGUCAACUGCGAUCGCUCGCUACGCUGCUUCCUUUGCACCUGAUAACAAGCUCUUUGGAUCAACCAAGCACGAGGACGCAUUGGUCAACCAAUGGGUCGCCUUUGCCGAUUCCGACAUUUCCCCUCACAUCAGACUCCUUUCUGGAUUUACUUUCGGAUAUAUUCCCUAUUUCAAGCCACUCGAUACCUCCUCUAGGCAGAACAUAUUUACUUCUCUCGAAGUACUAGAUAACCAUUUGCUGACCAGGACGUACCUCGUCGGACAACGCCUCACUUACGCUGAUAUCGUUAUCGCCUCAUUUCUUGACAGAAUCUUUAGCACCAUUGCCGGGUCGGCGGAGCGUGCAAAGUAUCCUAACGUCAUACGUCAUUUCCUCACUAUCAUUAACCAGCCAGCGCUCAAGCCUGUUUUCGGAGAGCCUCAGUUCAUAGAGAAGGCCCAACAAUACGUCGCGCCCCCGAAGCCCGCUAAAGAGAAGCCCGCACCCCCACCUCCCAAGGAGAAACCUGCACCGGCCAAACCUGAAGCGCAGCCUGAGGAGGAGGAGGAGGAGCCUUCAGUCCUAGAGGAGCCAAAACCUAAGAAUCCUCUUGACUCGCUGCCGAAGAGCACGUUGAACCUUGAAGAUUGGAAGCGUACAUACUCCAACUUGGACACAAAGGGACCAGGUGGAAGCUUGGAGUGGUUCUACGACAAGUGGGACCCGGAGGGAUACUCCAUCUGGAAGGUUGCUUUCAAAUACCCUGAAGAGCUCACCCAGACCUUUAUGUCCUCCAAUCAGAUUGGCGGUUUCUUUAACCGUUUGGAGGCUUCCCGAAAGUAUCUCUUCGGUUCCGUUGGUGUCCUUGGUACUUCCAACAACUCGGUGAUUGAGGGUGUUUUCAUCGCUCGUGGUAAAGACAUCAAACCGGUCGUCGAGGUCGCUCCCGAUUGGGAGUCUUACUCUUUCUCACCAAUUGAUCUGAAUGACGCCGCACAGAAGGCCUACUUCGAGGGUGCUCUUGCUUGGGACUUGGACGUCCAUGGCAAGAAGUGGGUAGAUGGCAAGAACUUCAAAUAGAUUUUGUCGUCUUCUACAUGUGUGAUAUUUGCUUGAUUCUGUGUCCAGUGUAAUUCAUUCUAUGUGCAUUCUUGUCG